AUGGGGAGAGAUUAUUUGGCGUUGGAGUUGUCGACAAACGUUCUAGGGAAUUUGAGAUUUUGGAUCGUGGGCAACCGACUAAGCGAGGGCGUCAACGCCAAGCCGCAAUCACGUAGCUGCAAUGUGACGAUGUCGUCGUCGCCCAAAUCCAAGGCCAAGCAGCUGCGCGAGCCUCCACCAUCUCUAUUCCUAGGACCCCCCUCUCAAAAUGCCUCUCACGUCUCUCUGCCUGGGGUUACUACAGUGCAGCCUUCAAAACCCUCACGAGCACCCCUCUUCCGCCAGCGUUCUCAUCUCGCUGCACGCGGUAACCUCGACGGUUCGCCAGAUACAACUCUCGGGUCAUCACUACCACGAAAUGCUCCGCCGCGACAGCAGCAGGAUGCAGAGGUUAAGAAACAAGCGGACAGGACAGAUGCUCUCUGGGCUGAGAUGCAGACUACGCUGGAAGAGGUGGAGUUGAAUGCUGUCAGUGGCACGCAUGUGUUUGGUGCCGAGCACGGCAAGGCAUUGGAAAGUCUGAGAGCUGCACAGAUUGAGUUGGCUCAAGCAUGGGCUAGGAGUGAAGCCGAUGAAGCCAUUGAAAGUACGGACAAGGGCAGCAAGACAGUCGGGGGGAAAGGCCUGGCUUUUGGAAGCGAGGCUCGGAGUGCUUUGGACACCGCUGGGAGCACGGUUCCGAGUGCGAGUGGCAGACCAGGCAGUAGUGGUAUUGCCAUGGGUACGGCGCAUUCGAUGGGAAGUAGCAUGGAAGAAGAGACGGAAGCAGACAUAUUGCUGGCGAGGAAGAGGAGGGAGGCCAACGAUCGGUAUUUCCAGAGGGUCAACGAAGGAGUGUUGGAUGUAGUUGCGAAGCUAGAGCACGUAGCAAAUGCUAUGAAGGCUGUGGAGCAAGAAAGUAGGGACAUAUGGGGCGAAAAUGAAAGUACGAGGACGAGUCUUCAUGAACCUUAA